UCACAAAUCACGUUAGGGUGCUUCAUAUGAUGCAAAAUACCCAUAAUGCGACCCAUGCGAUAUCAAAUACGGAUGCAUCAAAAGCGUCGAGGAAAAUCCGAACGUUGGAGAAGGGCAUGGUUCAUGAUCAUUUUGAUGGCUCUGCCAGCCUUCAACAACGUAGAAGGUAUGCAUAGUGGCGAGAUAUACUGGCUUAUCGGGAUCGAAUCUGAGAGGCACGAAGAAGUUCAGGUGCUGGCAUGCGGCGAUGUACGAGUUUCAAGAUUACCAGAAAAUUGGUAAACCAGAAGUAAGGCAGCGCCGUAACUUUCGAGCAUUUUGGGUUCUAUGUCAUAGAACGGUUGAGAAUCAGAUGAAUGAUA